AUGUCCAACAUAAAGUUCAGCUUCUCCAUGAGGGGAAUAGCUCCGGGGGUGUCGGAGGAGGAGCUUCAAAGUUUCUUCUCUCAGUUUGGAUCGGUUGUGAGCGUGAAACAAGUUCCUCUCAAGCCCGGCAUGACGACGGGAGCCGCGUACGUGAACUUUUCAUCCGGAGAAGCGUCUGACAUCCUGGCCCUCAACAACACAUCUCCUCCCUUCAACCAAGGGAUGUCCAUCAGCAUCCGACAGCAGGCAAACUUUCUCGCUCGGGCAGUGGCUGCUGUGAAAGAGAUUCAGUUCAGCGUGUCGGUCAGAGGAGUACACUGGACGGUCGGGCAGGAGCCGCUCUCGAGGGAGUUUUCACAGCAUGCCAAGAUCCACUCGAUUAAGAUGGCUGAUGCACUGAUGCACCAUCGGCUGGCUACGAGGGCAGCGUACAUCAACUUCGCUGAGGGGACAAGGAAGCUGGAGCAGGACGCCAGCGUUGCUAGAGCAGCAGCAGCCAAGCCGAUCACUGCGAAGAUGCAGAUGAUGGCUCCUCCUGCGCCAGAGAUCCUGCUGUCCAAGAAGAGGAAGGAGGAGCUGACGGCGACGAGCCUGUCGGACGAGGAGGAGGAGGAGGAGGGGAAUAGCGUCUCGGCCCCUUCCUCCUCCACUCCUUCUCGUGUUCUUACCACCGAGGAGCAGAAGUUUCUGCAGAUGCAGGCAGAGUCAGCAGAGGAGACGCAGAAGAAGGAGGUGAAAGUUCUGUCGCUGCAGACGAAGGGGGCCGAGAAGAAGAACCAUGUCGAGAGGGAAGAGAAGAAGAAGCAGAGGAGUAUCGAGGAGGAGAAGCCUGUCGUUGUGCCCCCGGAAGCCCUGCGAGGAGGAUUAUUGUCCAGUUCGAUGAGACGAGCUCUGCAGCAGCAGCAGCAGCAGCAGCAGCAGCAGGAUGGCCCCCCGAAGUUUGCUGGAGGUCUAAUCUCGGGAAGUAAGAGGAAG